CAGUAUGGCCUGAAACCUUUUCGAGUACAUGAGGAAGCAAUACCUCAUCAUCGUCAACUACUACUCUCGAUUCAUUGAAAUUGCUCUUCUGUCCGACACGUCGUCAGAAACAGUCGUCCGACGCACUAAGGGUGUUUUUGCCAGACACGGCAUCCCAGAGGUAGUUGUGCCAGCCAAUUCCGCGUACAAAUGGUUUGCCGAAGGGUACGGUUCAAACACGUUACCAGCAGUCUUGGAACCAUCAAAAGAUAGUUGGAAAUGGAAAAAGACCCGUACCUUGCUCUCCAUCAACCCCACUUGUCUUCAGAACGGUUACUCGCCAUCUGAACCACUCAUGUCCCGUAAGCUGAGAACAUCUGUGCCGAUUUAUCAAGAAUUACUUAGAUUUGCAGUUGCGACACAGCCUCUGGACCAACCUCGGUUUAUGGUAUCUCCCACGUUCAUUUUCCAGACUGUGGCAUCCAUCUGUAAGCCGAGUCAUAGAUACACAGAGCGCUGCUGAAGUUAUAUUAAAAAAGAUAGGGCUCCAUGACAAACUCUUUCUUGAAUAAUCUGUAUGAUCUCAGUUUGUUUCCACCUUGU